AUGACACCCUCCCCCAGCACUAGCAGCCCCACCGGGAAUGAUCACGGUGUGGCGAAAGUCGUCAACCACAAAGACUACUACAUAUGUAGUGGCGACGUGAAAUUUCUGGUGGAAAACCACUUAUUCCGAGUGCAAAAGUACUUUUUCGAGAGAGAAUCGGUAUUUUUCAGGAACAUGUUUGCAGAGGAAUCGGCUGGGCAUGAGCCCUAUGUAUUGCGCGAUGUGACGAGCGACGAUUUUGCAUCCCUACUAUGGGUUUUCUACAAUCCGAGGUAUUCGUUAUAUAAUGCACCUAUCGAGCGCUGGGGCAGUAUACUAAACCUUGCCAACCGGUGGGAGUUCCCCGAAGUCAAAGACCUGGCAGUCAGGGAGCUGGAAAAAAUUAAAAUCGACCCCGUUGACAAAAUCGCCCUCUAUACUCAUCACAAGAUCGAUCACUCAUUCCUUAUUCCAUCUUACGCUGAGAUAAGCAAGAGAUCUGGACCCCCUACCCUCGAACAAGCCCACAAGCUUGGUAUGGAGACCCUACUUCGUAUUCACAAAGCCCGAGAAAGGGCUUUGAUCAUGGCCGCUGAAAGUGGGUGUCGAAGCCCAACUACAGCAGACGCAGACGACUCGUCUAUGAAUUUGAUGAUCCGCGAAGUAUUCGGUAUUCUGGGGCCGUCAUGUAAUGGUACCACGAAUGGUACUGCCAAUGGUGCUAAUCACACCACAAACGGUGGUUCAAACGGCCAGUCAAAUGGGAGUCACAAUGGAUCUACGAAGUUAAACGGUGACACACCCCUCAUUAAGACCCCAGAGACAAAACAACAAGACAAACAAGAAAAAGGAAAGGAUGCCACGAAAUAUAAAAACAAGUGAAUAUUUUUGCCUCGCCAGUCACCACAGAGUGAGGGGCAACCUCAAGAGAAUGCGUUCUUUUUUCUUUGCAUAUUGUUGCUGGUGGUCCUUUUCGCGCUUCCGUCGCCGUUGUAGUUGUAAAUGUAGUACGAUUUUAUCUCUUGCGACAUAUGUACGUGUAAAGCAGUUGUAGGCAGUAUUACUUGUAUUUGAUUUCUUGUGUAAUUGAUAUUAUCCAAUUGUGUUCAUUUCA